UUUAUUUUCUGUCCUUGCAGUUUCUUUCCACCUGCCAUCCACCAUUUUUCCUGAUAGAAGAGGAAAUGUAAAAUCAUUGCAUAAAAUGACUUUUUCUUUGUUUUCUCUUUGUCUGUGCACAUGUAGUAAACAGCCGCCCUCCCGCUUGUGAUAGAGGGCUCAGGGUUUCUGCCUCGGAAGUGAGGUAUUUUAGUGCCAAGAGAGUAGGCAGACUUUUAAAAAGGCUGGGAGUUUGGGGUGCUGAAUUCCCUUGAAAAUCUGACCUUAGUGUUUCUACAGAAGUGCUUAUGGCCUAAGUUGAAGCUCAGCUUAUUUUUUGAAUUCUUGCCAACUGCUAGAAUGGAGCCAUUGAAAACUCAUUUUCUAAAUUACCUCUUUUAAAGGCUGCCCAAGCCAACAGGAAUUUUGUCUCUGUUAUUGAUUUAUUUAAAAUGAACUUAAUGACUCUAACUCUGGUGUUCAAAGGUAGUCAUUAAUUAGCUAAUGUUUUAACAUAAAAUGAUCAAUGGAUUGAAGAGGAUAGAAAUGCAGUUAACUAUUGAUCGCUGGGAUUAGGAUAUGGUAAACCAUGGGAGACUCCCAGUCUGCCUCCUGUUCAAAAGCCUGCCCUUGGUUUACGGGAAACUUGAACAGAUUACCUCCAGAACACUGUCUGCCGAGGGGAAAACAGUGUCCUGGGAACCAGCCGUACGUCACUUCUGUUACUCAUUUAUUGAUUUAUUUAUUUUCAUCUGGGCUAACAUUCUUCAUUGUUACAGCACACACUUCUUCAGAGUUUCCCCAGAGGAGGAAGUGUGGGGCUGACCGGAGCGCUGUGAUCACCCCUCACCCCAGGCCGCGCUGUCCCCGUGCCCAGGCCGCGGUGUCCCGGGCCCGCCGCCUGUGACGCCGGCCCGCGUUCCACGGCACCGCCCGGACCUGUCGUACCUGCGGCUCGGGUUCCUGCGGCUCCUGUCCCCACAGACACUUCCCGUCCCCGCCCGGGGCUGGGCAGAGGCGGCCGGGCCCCUCCUGUGUGUGCCGGGCCGCUCCUGUGCGUGCUGGGCCCGGCCCGAGCCAUGGCGCUGGUGGACCUGCACGGCGCGGCCGCCAGCGCGGACCUGGCCCGGCUGCGGCAGCACUGGUGGCUGAACAAGCACCGCAUCAACAGCUACAACCCGGACAAGCAGACUCCUCUGCAUCUUGCUUGCAUAAAUGGCCAUACAGAUGUUGUUCAAUUUCUGGUAGAAAAGAAGUGCAAGCUAAAUCCUUGUGACAAAUUGAAUAAAUCACCACUAAUGAAGGCAGUAGAGCACCAACACAAGGACUGUGCAGCUAUUCUGCUGGAACACGGUGCCAACCACGACCACAGAGAUGUAAAUGGUAACACUGCCCUUCACUUUGCUGUCAUGGUUUCUAGCAAAUCUCUCAUGGAGCUGUUACUUGAGCACGGUGCAGAUAUCAAUGCUAAGAAUAAAUUUGGAUACACUCCGCUUACUCUUGCAGUCACUGAAAACUGUGAAGAAACGGUCAAGUUCCUUCUUCAAAAGGGAGCUGAUGUGAAUGCUCAGGAUAAUAUUUAUAGGAGCCCUCUUACAGUUGCUACUGUUUCUGGGAAUAAGAAAACAAUACAGCUUCUUCUUCACCAUGGUGCUGUUCUUCCUGAGUCAGACAUGGGACUCUACCUAUGUCAAGCUUUCACCAAAAUGGUUCAAAGUGAUGUGAUUGCUAAUGAACGAAUUGGCAGCUCCUGCUAUGAGACAGCUCCUGUCAUUCCCUUGGAAACACCUGCAUUGGCAGAGUCAUGUGAUGUGCCAAAAGAAGAAGCAGCAGAAAAGGAAUACAAUGGUCCAGCUGCAAGCAAAAAUAAAGUGUCUGUGCAAUCUAUUACAGUGCAGCCCUACAGAGGAGACUACAAAACAGAAGGAGCAGAGAAAAAGGAAGAAAAUCUCUCCCUCUGCAAUCCUGAAACUGAUCCUAAAGGUCCAGAGAAAAUGCAGUCUAGUGUGGGGCUUCCUGCUACAAACAGCAGCAGGUUGGAUGCACGCCCUGCUGCAGUGGAGCACAGCAAAGGUGUCUUGGCAGCAGCAGCAGCAGCAGAAGUGAAAAAGGAAGACAGUGAUUCCUCCUGGGGAUCUGAGCCUAGUACUGAAGUUCUAGAUGAAUUAGCAACCACUGUGCUGCUUCCUGCUGGCAGAAUGUUUCCAGAGCCCUCUGUUGCCAAGGAGAGUAUCAAAGGGGCCUCGCAAGCAGCAGGAACAGCAAAAGAGAAAUACAGUGACUCCCUCUGCAAUCCUAAGCGUCUCAGUGAUCUUAGAGAGAAAGUGAUUAACCCUGUGCAGCAUCCUGCUGGAAAAUGCCGUAGAGUGGGUGUGCGCGCUGCUGCUGAGGAGCGUGGCAAAGGGGUCUUGCAACCAGCAGGAGGAGCAGUGAAAAAGGAAGACACCGAUUCUCCCUGGGAUUCUGAGACUGAUCCUAAAGGUCCAGAGAAAAUGCAGGCUCGUGUGGGGCUUCCUGCUACAAACAGCAGCAGGUUGGAUGCACGCCCUGCUGCAGUGGAGCACAGCAAAGGUGUCUUGGCAGCAGCAGCAGCAGCAGAAGUGAAAAAGGAAGACAGUAAUUCCUCCUGGGGAUCUGAGCCUUUUUCUAAAAUUGUAGAAGAAGUGUUUGCCAGCAAGCGGCGUCCUGCUGCAGACCACAAAGGAGUGGGUGUACGCUCUGGUGCCGCGGAGCGCAGCGAAGGGGUCUUGCAACCAGCAGGAAGAGCAGGAGAUGAUGAUUCUUCUUGGGAUUCUGAGACUGAUUCUGAAGGUGAAGGGGAAGUGUUGGCUGCUGUCCAGCUUCCUGCUGCAAACAGCAGCAGGUUGGAUGCAUGCUCUGCUGCAGUGGAACGCGGCAAAGGGGUCUUGAAACAAGCAUGGAGAGAAGCGAAAAAUGAAGACAGAGUCUUGCAGCCAGCAGGGGGAGAAGCAAAACAGGAAGAUAAUGAUUUUCCCUGGGAUUCUGAGACUGAUUCUGAAGGUCGAAAGAAAGUGUUGGCUGAUGUGCAGCUUCCUGCUGCAGACCAAAACAGAGUGGGUGUCAGCUCUGCUGCAGUUGAGCUCAGCAAAGCUGCAAGAGCAGAACAGAAGGAACAUCUUAUCUCCUCUUCUGAGAAUAAGCUUCCUACAUUGCAGGGAGAAGAUCUUCAGCUAAAGGUUGAUUCUUCAACUCAAACAGAUUCUGAGCAGGACAAACAGCCAUUGUCCGGGCAGAAGCUUGACAAAAUUCUCAAAAAGAACUCCCUGGAAGGAGCUCCACUUGGAACUGUCAAGACCAACAGCAGGAGGGAACAGAAGCUGCUGUUGGAGAAACUGGAGAAGUGUAAAACUAGGCUUAAGGACCUAAAAGAACUUCUUAACAAGAAUGAUUAUUAUGCUGAGUCAGGGAAGAAUGCCCUAAAGGAGAAGAAGGUAAUAACAAUUUUGAGAAACAUGCAAGGCCACCUGGUUGAGUCUUUUGAUUCAUCAGCUGCAGCUAUCCCCCAGCUGGAAGAACGCAUUCAACGGCUCCAAAUUCAAAGGGCAAAGCUGGAAGCCACAAUCCAGCAACAAGCCAAGACUAUGGAAAUCUUUGAGGCAAUCCAGCAAAUCUCUAACCUCAGUAAGCUACUCAGAGCCUUCCCUGUUCAUAACUCACAAGCCUAGUUCUAUAGUCAUGUGUGAAAAGUUAAAAAUUUUCAGGUUUUCCUAGAGAGGGUGUAGGAGAAAUCAGACCAUGUAACUAGAUAACCUGAAAGCCCCAGUCAUAUUCUAGAAGAAUGGGUGUGGGGGUACAUGUUGGAAGGAAGACAUGUAGUGUCUUUGGUGGUUUGGGAAGUUUGUACAUUCCUGGUACCUCAGCCAAUGGGGAAGGGAGGAGGGCAACAUGCAGUAGGGAGUUUAGGAUAAAAGGAGGCUGGAUCCUCCGAAAACUUGAGAGACCCCACAGGGGUAUGGCCCACUAGACUCUCCCUUUAUUCAGAUAAAGUUGAUUU